AUGCAGCUUCCUCUCUUCAUCAAGGUGCUUCCUCUCUUGAUCAAGAUGCUUCCUCUCUUCAUCAAGAUGCUUCCUCUCUUCAUCAAGAUGCUUUCUCUCUUCAACAAAGUGAUUCCUCUCUUCUUCAAAGUACUUCCUCUCUUCAUCAAGAUGCUUCCUCACUCCAUCAUGCAGCUUCCUCUCUUGAUCAAGAUGCUUCCUCUCUUGAUCAAGAUGCUUCCUCUCUUGAUCAAGGUGCUUCCUCUCUUCAUCAAGAUGCUUCCUCUCUUCAACAAAGUGCUUCCUCUCUUCUUCAAAGUACUUCCUCUCUUCAUCAAGAUGCUUCCUCUCUUCAACAAAGUACUUCCUCUCUUCAACAAAGUGCUUCCUCUCUUCUUCAAAGUGCUUCCUCUCUUGAUCAAGGUGCUUCCUCUCUUCAUCAAGAUGCUUCCUCUCUUCAACAAAGUACUUCCUCUCUUCAUCAAGAUGCUUCCUCUCUUGAUCAAGGUGCUUCCUCUCUUGAUCAAGAUGCUUCCUCUCUUCAACAAAGUGCUUCCUCUCUUCUUCAAAGUACUUCCUCUCUUGAUCAAGAUGCUUCCUCACUCCAUCAUGCAGCUUCCUCUCUUCUUCAAAGUGCUUCCUCUCUUGAUCAAGGUGCUUCCUCUCUUCAUCAAGAUGCUUCCUCUCUUCAACAAAGUACUUCCUCUCUUGAUCAAGGUGCUUCCUCUCUUCAUCAAGAUGCUUCCUCUCUUCAUCAAGAUGCUUCCUCUCUUCAACAAAGUGAUUCCUCUCUUCUUCAAAGUACUUCCUCUCUUGAUCAAGAUGCUUCCUCACUCCAUCAUGCAGCUUCCUCUCUUCAUCAUGCAGCUUCCUCACUACAUCAUGCAGCUUCCUCUCUAA